GUCUACAGCAACAUCGCUUACCAAGCUCAGUAAGCUGAACCAGCAGAGGAACGCGAAAUGAACCGGCAAGUGGCCCAGAGUUCUCCGCCUGCAAAAAGUCCGAGAGCUCGAUCCAAGCCCAUAAAGGCCAAGCUCUGAGACCCUUCAAAGUCUAAACGGGACGCAUCACUGCCCUCAUGCUUCGUGCAUGCCUUGAACUGCUGCGCAAACAACAAUCGGAGCACGAUACACUCGACCAUGGGAACAAAAGCCCUUUAUUUGCAAACGCUUUGCUCAACUAACUCAUCCACUUGGAAACAAGUUUGACGCUGCACUACGAAGAGAAGAUGCACUUAUUGAACCAGUGUGCGAGCGUACCAUACAGCGUUGGCUUGUCCCUUUAUGCUACUCUCCAAGUUCACGACGCUUUUGGUGAAGUCGGUUCACCGUACUACAGUUCUAGUUGUGAAGAAGUUGUCUUCUUCUGACCUUGCUAGGUUGCAUGGUUUGCAGUCUUGCUCUCCGUCGUAUGAGGACUACACCGCAUGCCGUAAACUGAUGCUCGUUUGCUUCACAUUGGAGCAAUAUAGCAUAUCUGUCGCUGCCUUCUGGCAACCAGGCGAAUCUUUCGAACUCAAAAGUAUGCUAUCAAACUACGGAAACACUCUAAUACAAACCGGACAUUACGGUCAGCUGAAGUGCAAUUUGCAUUUUGCAUCCAAGACCCUCUUAGGCUUCGUCACUUGGCAAGGCAACCUUCAUAUUGGAAUUGAGAGGUCGAAGUCAUUACAAAUAUGAUACGAUUACCAGAUGGAAAUAUCCAUUGGGAGUAGCAAGGAAUACUAAUCUGUGGUACGUUGAAUACGGCUCGAAGCCCAGAACCCAGGAUUACUCUUAUACAACGAUGUGAAUGAAGGAUGAAACCUAGAUUACAGAGCUUCUCCCAUGAAAUGAAUACUUGGCCCAAUCGCAGGAAUGAACUCGCUCCUUUGACUUUUUUUGCUGGCAUCGCUCUUUCUGCCUUCUAGGCUCAAGUUUCCUGCCAAAUCCUCUGAAUUGUCUCAAAAUAUGCUUCUUCGCUUGUUUCUUCUGAUUGGCAUGAUUGGAGGAUUAUAACUCAACCACGAUGAUGGGGCCAUAUGUGGUACGCUUGUGUUAGAUUUAUCAGUAGUUCUGUAAGCGGAGAGUCCUGCAUUUGGCCACACCAAGAAACGGGAAGAGAAAACUAUAGUAAAAAUAUCCGGCUAUUUCCGCAUGAUUAUGGAGCGAUUGCGACAAGUAUAGUGUGAGGAAUCGCCCGAGAAUGUUCUGACCAACAGCUUGAUCCUUGU